AUGUUCCAGUGCUCCCUGUGCAAGCUGCGUACUCACCAGUGGUGUUUCCUCCUCUUCAACGUACUUCUCUUCCACGCCUUGUUGUUUGGCGCAGACUUCGUUGAAGAGUACCUCCUGCAGCCCACGCCGGGGGUAUACACUGACGGCAUGGUUGUCGAUGUAAGAGAGAAAGCCAGGAAACUAGAUCUGAGCAGCGCCAAAGAGAAUGUAUCCCAGAACUACCCCAUUACUAACCCUGACGCCUGUAAGAACUUAGAUCUCUUCCUCCUCGCCUUAGUCUUCAGUUCUGCAGCGAACAGCACACAAAGAGACGCAGUCAGGAAGACAUGGGCCAACCAAACGGCUGUCCAAGGCUUCCCAGUACGGGUUCUCUUCUUUAUAGGAUCAUCUCAGACGUCUGCAGCACAAGACGCCCUUCUGACAGAGUCUGAACGCUAUGGUGACAUGGUGCAAGGUCAUGCUACGGCAGACUCAUCCUCCCGCGGCCAGACAGAAAGGACGGUUCUAGCACUCCGCUGGGUGAUUGCUUUCUGUCCUGUUGCGAGAUUUGUCCUGCUCACUAAGGACUCUGUCUUUAUCAAUCUCCCUGCCAUUGGAGGAUACCUUCUUGGACUGCGCCGGCACCCUGAAGACCUCUACCUUGGUAGGGUGAUUCAGAGAGACUCUCCAGACAGGGACCCCAACAGUCCCGGCUACCUUCCCCCAACCCUCUACCCUGACAGGUAUCUGCCGGAAUACUGCGACGGAACAGCUUACAUCCUAUCCCAAGACGUGGUUCGGAAAGUCUACAUAGCAUCCACGGCGAUCCGUGCACCUGUACCAGCUGAUGUUUUUGUGGGUUUUUGCGCCCAGAAAGCUGGAGUGGCACCAACCCACAGUGCCAGGUUCUCAGGAGAGAAACAUAUCCGCUACAACGCCUGCUGCUACCGCUAUCUGUUCAGCUCAGCAGGGAUGAGAGGCAAAGAACUUGAGAGGGUAUGGGUGGACCUGAGACAGAAAGGUGGGAGAUGCUCACUGCUGAAGACCUACUAUGGUCUUGUGACCUGCAAGGCCCUCACAUACCUGGAUAAACUGUCCUUUUUUAACUCCCAGGCUCAAGCUGAUAGGGAAGGUUAA